UCGCUAGCUUUGCGCAGAUUCUUUCCGGCGCCACGUCAUCGCCCUUCUUCUUCCGCUUCUUUCUUCUUCGAACAAAAAGGCGCAACAGAGCGCGGGCUCGAGAAGAGCCGAAGAGCGCCGCCAUUUCGCGCCCGGGUCCCCAUUCGGCGAAUUUUCGGGGCCGGAGCCAUGGGCGUGGAGGUGGCGGCGGCUCGCGGCAGGAAUAAGCUCGCGUUUGCCAGCAUCGGGUUUGCCGAGGUCCGCGUGGGCGGUGGCGGCGGCGGGUUGAAGGAUGAUGGCCUGCUGGGGGCUGGGCUGCCCAAGGACGCCGAGUACCUGUUUGGGGACGUGUCCGUCCGGAUGCCGGACGUCGGCGCCGCCGUCAGGACAUUCCUGAGGCGUAGAGAAGUCGGAGAAUUCUUUAGCGGAGCACUGGCUGGUGCUAUGACUAAAGCUGUUCUUGCUCCUCUAGAAACUAUCAGGACAAGAAUGAUUGUUGGGGUAGGAUCAAAACAUAUUUUUGGUAGUUUUGUGGAGAUCAUGGAACACAAUGGCUGGCAAGGACUUUGGGCCGGUAAUGCUAUUAACAUGAUUCGUAUAGUUCCUACACAAGCAAUUGAGCUUGGCACAUUCGAGUGCGUCAAACGGAGUAUGACAUCAGCACAAGAGAGAUGGAAAGAGGAUGGUGGCCCAAAGAUACAACUUGGUGGUUUGACGAUUGAGCUGCCUCUUCAUCUGUUAUCUCCAGUUGCCAUUGGUGGUGCAGCUGCUGGGAUAGUUAGCACUUUAGUGUGCCAUCCUCUUGAGGUUCUUAAGGAUCGCAUGACUAUAAACCGUGAGGCCUAUCCUAGCAUCGCCCUUGCCUUCAACAAGAUCUACCGAACUGACGGCCUAGCUGGCCUAUACGCUGGUCUCUGCCCAACUCUAGUUGGCAUGCUUCCUUACAGCACAUGCUACUAUUUCAUGUACGAGACAAUCAAGACUUCCUACUGCCGCACACAUAAAAAGAAAUCUUUGAGCCGCCCUGAACUACUGAUCAUAGGAGCCCUUUCAGGUUUGACUGCGAGUACGAUCAGCUUCCCUCUCGAAGUGGCGAGGAAGCGGCUGAUGGUGGGAGCCCUGCAAGGGAAAUGCCCACCCCACAUGGUCGCGGCCUUGGGCGAGGUGAUCAGGGAGGAGGGCUUAAGGGGGCUGUACCGUGGGUGGGCUGCGAGCUCCCUGAAGGUCAUGCCGACGUCCGGCAUGACCUGGGUGUUCUACGAAGCAUGGAAGGACAUCCUUCUGGCUCCUCACCUCCACAUCUAGCUUCCCUGAGGUUGUUCAGCAGGGGCACUGCCACGGAAUAAACUUGUGAUGUGUGGCCAUUAGAAGCCUCUGUUUGUUAAUUUACAUUUUGCUAACCUGGCUGUUCAACAGACUGGAUCAAUGGCUGAUUUUUCAUUAUGCAUUGGCCAUCGGGACCGUUGGCCAUUUGGCCCUAAGCACUGUUACUGUGAAAUACCCUCAGUAAUAUGAAAAAAAAAGGGAGAUUUCGUUCCCAGAUUACCUUU